UAAUCACACGUGACAUGUAUUUUGAGUAAGGGUUUGUUGGUAGACAAUAAGUAGGAAACAAUUAUGCACAUCUACAGUUUUAUUUCUGUGGUAAUGCAAAAAGUGAAACAGGCUAUCAGUAAGGUUAAUUAAUUGACGAAGUCUGAGAUGCAUUUUAAUUGAAGUGUGUGUGUUUUGCCGGAACUCUCUCUCCCUCUCAUGUCCAUGUGCUGAAGAAACGUCAUCCACGCGCACCCGGUUUGAGAUGAUUGCAUACACCUGAGCGGUAAAGUGCGACCGGAAGUGUGCGUGACCCUGGGAGAAUUCCGCAAGAGCAGGUCAAAGAAUGUGUUCAAGUUUGAUGCAUUUAUUGAUCAUGGUUAAAGAGAGCUGCGCAGUUUUUUACCUGAACGCGCUGGUGCUCGUGCUGAUGGGCGCCGCAGUGUCGGGACUCUCAGGCCGCGGUGCUGGAGGUCAACCCGCCGAGCAGUUAGUGCAUCACGGCAACAUUUUAAGCCCGUUACUGAAAGCCUUAUCAGAGCACGAGCCGUGGGGAACUGAUUUCCCGAGAACUAGACCGGAUUCGAGAUACGUACGGUUCAUGAAAAGGCUUUACAAGCUGUCUACGAAACACGAGAGGAGCCACGAGGCGUCCCACCUGUACAACACGGUGCGCCUGAUCACAGCACGGCAGGAGUGUCUGGACCAGUGUGGAGAAUUGUUCAUGCAGGACAUUUCCUACAGUCUGAACCGUGUACGAGCCCAGGAACAGCUGCUCAAAUCGGUUCUGCUCUACUCCUUGGACCACAACCACGCUGCCUCGCUCACCUCUCAUUGCUACCUGUACAUGAAGGAACAGACGCCUUCAGAUGAGCACAUGUGCCUCAGCUCUCCCAGCUCACAGCACUCCGUGUCACUUAUCAGUUUCUAUUUCCUAGUCAACAGAGCCGGACACCACAAGUGGGUGGAGGUGGAUGUGACCCCCUUCCUCCACCCUCUCAUCCAGGGCCACAAAAAGGACAUCCACCUACACAUCAACCUCACCUGCCUGGACGAUGAACCAGGGCGUCACACUUCCAGAAGCCUCGUGGAGCUCACGCACAUGGCUCCGUCUCUUUUGCUGUAUCUCAACGACACCAGCGAGGUGGCCUAUCAGAGAGGCUCCACACACACCAGGUUUGGAGAAAUCUGGUCGAACCAUUGGGGCGAGAAUACACAGAGCCAAUAUUACGGAUCUGGUAUUCAGAGGCUGAAGUGGAGAGAUCGAAGGAGUGCUCCAAACACAACCCAGUCGAGCACUGAAAGCGGACCACUGCCCACAAUCGAACACCCAACAGACGACUGCGACCUCUAUGACUUCCGCGUGAGCUUCUCCCAGCUCAGACUAGAUCACUGGAUAAUAGCACCCUCCAAGUACAACCCCAGGUACUGUAAAGGCAUCUGUCCUCGUGUUGUGGGCCACAUCUAUGGCUCACCAGUACACACAAUGGUACAGAAUAUUAUUUAUGAGAAGCUGGACUCCUCCAUGCCCAGACCUUCUUGUGUUCCAUCUGUAUACGACCCUCUGAGUGUUUUGACCAUUGAAAACGACGGCUCUAUUGCAUAUAAGGAAUAUGAAGAAAUGAUUGCUACAAAGUGUACCUGCCGUUAAUGGUUUUCUGCAUUAUUUUUCACAUUUGCCAUACUCGAUCAGGACUAAUUGCUGAUAACCUCACUAUUUCGCGCAUAGUGCCCAUUUUAUUCACCUUUACAGUUUAAGAUGCCAUUGAAUGAAUUCUGCUUAUUCUGUAAUUGUUGUUGAUAUUUUCUCAUUUCUAUUCAGAAGUAAUUUCUAUGUAUAAAAGAAUGUAACCGAGCAUAUGAUUGGAUUUUUUUUGUUUGUUUGUUUUGUUUUGAUAAUAAUGACUGAAGUAAUUUUGUUAACUUAUUAUUAUUUUUUUUUUUGGUGGGUGUGUCUCAGUUCUUCAUGUAUAAUGCAAAUGCAAAAGUUUUAAGAUUAAUCUAAUUCUGGACAAAUUAUGAAAAGUGUGGCCCUGUUGUCUUAUUGGAACACUUUAACAUAUGUUUUUAAUACCUGGGGAUUGCAGACAGUUGUCUUACGGGCAACUUCUCUCUUCAUGAUGUCCAGAAAAUAAGAAGUAAUUUAUGCUUUAUGCUUUAAAGCGGAGUAUGUCAUGCAUCUAUUUAUGUAAUUUAUAUCUGUGUAUGUUAGUCUGACUGGCUCUGAUAUCACAUGAAGUAUGCGAUGGAAAAACAUUUUGAUAUAUUAGAGGAAAUCAAACUGGAAAUAAAAAUAAAGUGAGCACCCUGGAGAUAAAGUGUAUUGUUGUGGAAGGGAUUUUGUAAA